CAGUCAGUCACGUCUGUCAGUCAGUGUUCACUGUCAGUCAGUAGUGCGGAGGCGCUAGUGCGGAAGAAGAGGCGGGCGGAGAGUAGCUAUCAUUUGCACUGCACUGUUGUAGUAGGUACUGCUGCUCCUGCUGUACGUACGGUCGCGAUGCGGUGUUAUUAUUAAAUUAGAGGAAAAUUUGGGAUUCUGGAUUUCGGUGGAACGAAAUUAUCGGUGCAGCCGUCGGGAGUGCGUUCUGGCUGGGGGUGGUGAUGUGUUGUGCCUAGGAAGGAGCAGUGCGUGUGAAAAAGGGCACCUUCGUGCGAAGAAUGCCAUAGGACGGGGGUCGAUCCACAGAGAAUGACCUGCAGGGGAAUUUUUCUUCUGCUUGACUCGUCACGACGGAAAAAAUAAUCGGAAGGGAAAUUAAAACGGAAGGUGCUACAUUUUGCGUGUUUUUUGCCCUCGGUUCGUUGGGUGCUGGAAGUUGGUGGCAGGGUCGUGUUGUGAAGAUCAAGACGAGUAAAGUGUGGUGUGUGGCAAAGAAUCCUGGUGUUGGGAGACCUUCACUGAAGUUGCAAAAGAAGAUAUCUGAAAGAUACGCAGCAUAGGGGGUUUCGCAGAGGGUGUGAUUGCGCCUGUAAAGGCAAGCUUACAAGAAGCGAGUUGUUUUUGUUAUUGUUGUAUUGUUGUUAUUGAUUGAGUUGGUGUUGCUGGGCGAGGAGCUGCUGCGCUCGAAGACCUGUUUGGGAUAUUGCGAAUACCUGCUGCACAGGCACUUGAUUGCAGAACGGCUAUGGCAAGUCACGCAGAAUAUGGAUACCUAACCGGAGCCGAUGAACUUAAUAACGAGGAAGGUGCAUGUUGCCGCCUGCGGAUAAAAGUUAUCGCUGGGCAUCAGCUGGCCAAAAAAGACAUCUUCGGUGCUAGUGACCCGUACGUCCGGAUCGACCUGAACACCAUCACCGGCGACGAGAACAUCGACUCGGUGCUGACGAAAACCAAAAAGAAAACCCUCAACCCCAAAUGGAACGAGGAGUUCAUCUUCCGGGUGAAACCGAACGAGCACAAGCUGGUCUUUCAGGUGUUCGACGAGAACCGGCUGACGCGGGACGAUUUUCUCGGGAUGGUGGAGCUUCCGCUGUCGCAGCUACCGAAGGAAUCCGACGACGAGGGUGUUCAGGUGCCAAUCAAAAGCUAUCCGCUGCGGCCCCGAAGGUCAGUGGGUGCUCGGUCGAAGGUGCGCGGACAGCUGGAUCUGUACCAUGCCUAUAUCCAAGAUCAGAAUGCAACCAGCGAAACGGAUUGGGAAAUCAUCGAGUCAAAUAAUUCAAUCUCUAGUGUAAGAAUGGCAUACCUCUACUUGCAUUUCAAGAUGUACCUAACGUGGAAUGAAUCUUUUCAGAAUUCUAACAUCGCCAACAAUGCAGCAGAUACGCUUCCUUCCGGCUGGGAAGAGCGGCAGGAUGCCAACGGACGUACCUACUACGUGAAUCAUUUACAAAGGACAACGCAAUGGGAGCGACCAACUGCCACAUUAAGCCAAUCAUCACAGGACAACGAUAUGGCAGCCGCCUUCCAGAGACGUGUUCAUAUCAGCGUGGACGACAACAUCACGGACAACGAAAGCGCGAGCACCGACAACGAUUCGAUCUGUUUGACGAACGACGAUGACGAAGACGACGAUGGCGAUGACGGUGAAGAAGUGGUGAUCGGUGAUCGGCAUGCGUCACGGUCUUCAUCGUCCGCCGGAGGAUCGGUCUUAUCGCGUCGUGAAACGGUCGAUUCGCAGUCUUCGGUUGUCAUCGAGGUACAUCCGGAAGAUCGGGCAGAGGAAGCAGAGGACGAAGUGGCAACGGUGGAUUUUCAGCAGGAUGAGGAAAUCGGAAUCGAUGUGCUCAGCAUCGACCUCGAGGACGAACAUGAUCAAGAGGCAAGCAAUGCAAGCCUUGCGUCAACCUUACGGUCGACCGCCUCGUUGAGUAAUUCGGUUAGCUCUCUUGGUGUUGGACCUCCAGGAUCGUCAACGAAUGCUACAAGCAACGGCGAAGAAGCGGCAGAGGGUGCCGUGGUGUUCCGAUCGGAUUCGCUACGAUCGCUUCCGACAAUCCGGGUCAGCUCACCGCCACAUCUUCCGGCAGCGUUAGUUAGGAGCCCUAGCAGGGUGGCUUCGGUAGCGAAUCCUACCCUGGCAGGUGUUAAUCGAAGAAGAAGACUUCCUCCGAUGGUGCCUAUCAUACUGCCACGACAGCCUUCCGUGGAUCAACAGCAUCUUGAAGAAGCCGAGGAAGAAGCUCCUCCGUCACCACAAGAAGUUCUCCAGUUCAGUGGAGACGAACAUGAGGACUUGGAUCACUCGGUUCAGAACCGCGUCCUGCAGCAUUUGAACGAAAGCAGUCGACGUUCGUCUAGCCGGUCUUCGAUUGGAAGUGCUGGUAGUGCUGGAGUUCAUGGGAGAUCCGUUGGAGACGCCGAUGAAGCAGACAGCGGAGGCGGUGGGCGGCGAUCUUCCACCAAUAACAACAACGACACAGGUGAUGAUCGGUCUUCGCGGUCGUCCACAUCCAAUGAGAAUGAUUCGUCCAGCAGUAGUCCCGCUGGUACGGAUGUGGUUCUGCCAGCAGGUUGGUCCAUGCAGCUAGCUCCAAACGGAAGGGUGUUCUUCAUCGAUCAUAACGAGAAGAAAACUUCGUGGGUGGAUCCGAGAACGGGACGGGCCAGCCCUAUGCCGAAUGCGUCCAGCAGUUCGACGGUGAGCGACUCCAGACGACCGGAAGAUGGGUUGGCACCUUUGCCAGAGGGAUGGGAAGAGCGAGUGCAUUCGGAUGGGAGGACCUUCUUCAUCGAUCACAAUACGAGAACUACGCAAUGGGAAGAUCCACGUUUGUCGAUGCCAAAUAUUGCUGGCCAGGCAGUACCUUACUCAAGAGAUUAUAAACGAAAGUAUGAAUAUCUGAAGGGACAACUGCGGAAACCGGCUAACGUACCGAACAAGAUCGAGAUCAAGGUCCGGCGGGUGUCGAUCCUGGAGGACUCCUAUCGUAUCAUCAACUCCAUCACAAAGACGGAACUUCUCAAAACCAAGCUGUGGAUAGAGUUCGAAGGCGAAGCCGGGCUGGACUACGGUGGCCUAGCCCGAGAGUGGUUCUACCUGCUGUCCAAAGAGAUGUUCAACCCGUACUACGGGCUGUUCGAGUACUCGGCCAUGGACAACUACACGCUGCAGAUCAAUCCGUUCAGUGGGCUGUGCAAUGAGGAUCACCUGCACUACUUUAAGUUUAUCGGUAGGGUCGCGGGGAUGGCCGUGUACCACGGGAAACUGCUGGAUGCGUUCUUCAUCCGGCCGUUCUACAAGAUGAUGCUGCAAAAGCCGAUCGAUCUCAAAGACAUGGAAUCUGUGGACAUGGAGUAUUACAACUCGCUGCUGUGGAUCAAGGAGAACGAUCCGAGCGAGUUGAUGUUGACGUUCUGUGUAGACGAGGAGACUUUCGGCUAUACCAGUCAGCGGGAGCUGAAGCCGAAUGGAGCGGAUAUUGAAGUCACGAACGAGAACAAGGACGAGUACAUUAAGCUGGUGAUCGAGUGGCGAUUCGUGGCGCGAGUUAAGGAUCAGAUGUCUGCAUUUUUGGAUGGGUUCGGUCAGAUCGUUCCGCUGAACUUGCUGAAGAUCUUCGACGAGAACGAGCUGGAGCUGCUGAUGUGCGGUAUUCAGAGCAUCGACGUCAAGGACUGGAAACGGAAUACUCUCUACAAGGGUGAUUACUACGCCAACCAUGUCAUCAUUCAGUGGUUCUGGAAGGCAGUGCUGUCGUUUUCGAACGAGAUGCGAUCGCGGUUGUUGCAGUUUGUGACCGGAACCAGUCGGGUGCCGAUGAACGGGUUCAAGGAGCUUUAUGGAUCUAAUGGGCCGCAGAUGUUCACUAUCGAGAAGUGGGGCACCCCGGAGAACUACCCGAGGGCGCAUACUUGCUUCAACCGUCUGGAUCUACCACCGUACGAGAGCUACCUGGCGCUGAAGGAUCGACUGAUUCAGGCCAUCGAAGGAAGUCAAGGAUUCGCUGGCGUUGAUUAAGCCGAUCCGUGAUCCGUGUAAAUAUCUUAAAAAUUGACAAUCCAUUGGAAGAGCCAACAUUCCUCUGGAUAUGCCGCAGCUUGUAUCCACUACUGUUCGCUCAACAACGGUAGACCAGAAUAUGUUUAGAGAGAUGUACUGUAACAAUAUCUUCUCGAAAUCCGUCGCUUCAAUAGCAGUUAUUCAAGACAUGACAAUCUACGAUGAUACCCGAUAGGCAUGCACGCGCACACAUCCAGCAGACACUAUAGGUAAACUCCAACAAGCAUUGAGUAGUGGGUAAAAUGGGUCCAAAAUGGCAAUUUUCAGAAGAUGUUAAGGCUGGUCGACUUUCCUUACCUAGAUUAUUUGUGUCCUUGAAUUUGGAUAGGCUAGGUCAUUCUCAGUAUCCUUUGGGAUGUCCUUUGAGAUAGCUCUGAGAAUAUCUUCAGGGCUGCCCCUGGUAAAAUCUCCAGGGCUUUCCUAGAAAGUCCUCCAGAAGUACCCCCGGAAAUGUCUCCGGAGCUGCCUCUGGGAUUGUCUCCAAGACUGCCCUAGGUAUGUCUUCAGGACUGCCCAUGGAAAUAUCUUCUGGGCUGCCCAUGGAAAUGUCUCCAGGGCUCCGCUAGAAAGUUCUCCAGCGCUGCCCUGGGAAUGUCGUCAGGGUACCCCAAGGAAGUCCUCCAUUUCAUUCCAUAACUGUCAUUGGGAAUGUCUCUAGGGCUGCCCCUUGAAAUGUCUCCUGGGCUUCCCCUGAGAAUAUCUCCAGUGCUCCCCUAGAAAGUCCUUCAGGGCUGAUCCUGGGAAUGACUCCAAGAUUGCCCCUGGAAAUGUCUCCAGAGCUGCCCCUGGAAGUGUCUCCAAAGCUGCUCCUGAGAAUGUCUCCAGGGCUGACCCUGGAAAUGACUCCAAGACUGCCCUUGGAAAUGUCUGCAGAUCACUCCAAGAAAGUUCUCUAGGGAUACCCUUGAGAAGCCCACAAGGGAUUCCAUUGGAAAGUCCACCAGGGAUUCUCAUGGUCAUCAUAAUCAGACUCCUCUUCUAAAAUUACGCUUUUGGAUCCACUUUGCCCACUGUGAAUCGAUACUAUGAGCAUCCAAAAUAUCCCAGAUUUACAACGCCAAAAUAAAAUAAAAACAUCCGACAGAGCGAUUUCCCACUUUUUGAUCGUUGUUUCGUGUUAGUUGAAACUCAACAAAAAAAAAGAAGAGCAAAUCGAUUUUUAGAAAACUUAUUUGCCUUAUCGUUACUGCACUUGCACUUGCACACUGCUGUUGUUUGACCGCUUUAGAGAAAAUUUUUAAACACUACUACAUAUUAGGCCACUACAAAAUUAUACCCGACGACUCAUAUACACGCGUGAUUUAUCAUCUUUCCUUGUAUUGUAAAAAAAAAAUCUUAAGAAAAAAACAAGGUAAUUGUUAUCUGUUGAUUGUUUGAGAUCGUUAUCCUUCCCGAUAUAUACCUACGUAAUUAUUAUUCGCUGAGAGUUUUCUCUUCAUCCUUGAGCAGGCGGUAGUUGACGAAACGCAUGACGAAUCCGAUCUUUUUUCCAUCUCCUAGCAUCUAGAUGUGGAAUCAAACCCCGAGAAUAGGAAAACAAAAACAUACACUACACUGUUACUUAAGCUGAUAGAGCUUUUAUCAGAAAGAACUAAUUUAUUUAGGGCAAACAUAAAAAGAGAAAGAAAGCAAAAAAAGAGAUGAGAAGGCAAGUUGGAAUCGGAAUUACAUAUGACGGCUCCCAGCAUAGCAGAGAAUGGCAAGACAGAAUUGACGGAAGGAAACGGGAACGAGAUUAUGUUUUAGUGCGGGGCUAUUUAUAUGGAAUCAAAGAAAUAUUACAACAUAGCUAAAUAUUUUCAAAGUAUUUUUAAUUCUUAUGACAGAGAGUAAUAUUGUAAAGCAUUACAUUGAAACUGA